AUGACGCCGAAUCUCAGGUUUUGUUACCAUGGCACCAAAGGUCUCGUGAGAUUUUCAGAUAAUGUCUGUAGGUGUUUGCUUUCACAUCAGGCUCCUGUUCUUCAGAGUUUGCAUCUCAAAAUGAUUUUAAAAAAUGAUUCCACUAUUGAUGUCGGAGUACUGCUGGGGAUAGCGUUUGGACGCCAUGUGCGUGAGUUGGAACUCGAAGUUUACUCUUCUGAUGAGCCGUAUAGGUUUCCUACAAGCUUGUACAACUGUGGGACUGGAACACUAGAGACCUUGAAACUCGGUCACAAUGUACUUGUAGACGUCCCAUUUCCGGUUUGUCUCAAGGCCCUUAGAACUCUACGCCUUAACGCAGUGAGCUACAAUGACGCUGGAUCUGUUGUUAACCUUUUAUCUGGCUGUUCUAGUCUUGAAAAUCUGGAGGUUAUGAUGUAUUUGCAUCCUGAUGUGGAAAAUUUCACUAUUGAUGUGCCAUCCUUGCAGUGUCUAACACUUAUUGCUGCCGAUGAGGAAUAUGCGUAUUUUUCGUCCUAUGUGAUAAAUGCUCCUUCUUUGAAAUAUCUGAACCUUAAAGGGUUAAUAGAUGAGGAAUCUUCUCUUCUGAUUGAGAAUAUGCCUGAGCUGGUGGAGGCACAUAUUACUGAUGUGUGUGAUGUAAUCUAUGCGAACAUUCAUGGAUCUCUCACUUCAGUCAAACGCCUUUCUUUGGAUAUUUUAUCACCAUUGGACCUAACUAAGUUUCCCACUGAUAGAAUCUUCAAGCAGCUGGUGUAUUUGGAGCUACAUAUAUAUGCACCAGAGAGGUGGAAUCUAUUGAUGCUCAUGCUCCAUAGUUCUCCUAAUUUGCAAGUCCUCAAGCUCAUUGGUGAAUGGUUUAGGAAGCGAGAUCACCCCCAUAAGAAAUGGAGUCAACCGAAAUAUGUUCCUGAAUGUCUGGUGAACCGUAUCGAGACUUUAGUCUGGAAUCACUACAACGGGGAAGUAGAAGAUGAGAGAAAGGUUGCUCAAUACAUCCUAAGGAAUGCAAGUCGUUUGGAAACGGCAACUUUCUCCAGAUUAGACAUUCACCUGGAGAAGAGACUCGAGAGGUUAAAGGAACUGGAGAGUGUGGUAUGGGCUUCGAACUCAUGCCAGCUUGUUUUCAAAUAAACUGAUGUCACAUCGGAGUCCUACAAACGUACUACGUUACUCAAUCUAUAAGGGUUUUCAGAUGUUGAGUUAUGGUACGACGCUAUGUUUUAACCGUUAUGAACUUAAGUUUUGUUAACUUUUAGUUUCAACUUUU